CACAAAGACCUGCUGCCUUGUCCUUCAUGCUUGACAAGAAAGGUUGACAAUCUCUGCCGCUUCGUGGAUAUCAACCAUUUCAAUAUAUCCUUCCAUGAUCUGGCAAGAGCAUCUACAUCUGCGGCCAUGUUAGCCCCGCAACCUCGUCGGCCUGCUGUGCCGACCACCAUUUCGUCUCCUGUUCUCUCUUCGUCAAAACACCUCAGACCUCAGCCCAUACAGCGAAGAUCUACCCUGAAACGCUCAAUCGAUGAAACAAGCCUUAUGGACACCCCCUCCAGUCCGUCGAAACGUUCUCGUGUCACUUUUGACUCGGACGUCGAAAUUGUCUCUGCCGAUGAUGAUGAAGAUCUUGAUCCCCUCGUGGUGAAAGAACAAGUACGAAGAGCCCUCGAAAGACAUCGUGUCAACGACAAUGAAGGCUACGAUCGCCUGCAAAAUCUUUUCAGCACGACUCCGGAAAAGCCAAAUGCGCCCUCAACGAAAGUUCUCAAAAUCCAUCUGCAAGCCGUCCUCGCAAAUGUGGCGGCGCUGACAAAAGACUGCAAUCAUCUGGUGAAUACAAUCCUAUACAGCGAAUGGAUCGGGAGAGAAGAGUCAUACUAUGCUCUUUUUGUCAGGUUCCUCAACAAUCUGGCUGCUGCGCAGCGAGGGUACCAGCACAAGAUCAUGUCGGUCUUGGUAGACUUGCUUGGGCCUCAAAAGACAAGAAGAAUAGGAGAUGCAAAACCAGUCAGACAGACUACCAUUCAUCGUAGAGUCCUGCAGGCCAUCCAACAUAUUACGGUCAACGUACCUUCCGCACCCGCUGCGCUUGCCGACAGAAUGUCGUCACGCCUGGAGUUCGAUUUCCAAAAAGCUGAAGAACGAAUGACAUACAUCAGAAAUUUCAUGGCCAUGAUCAGAUACGUGCCAGAGUUGACAUCUGACAUCUUGACGAGCGUAUUGAGGGAGCUCAUCAAGCUUGAUGUUGCAGUUCAGGUGGACUUGGAUGAAGAGGAGGACGAUGCUGAAGACGAGCUCCUCAGUCACAUGUCCUCGUCGCAGACUCUUGUUGCAGGCGCAUCUCAGGACAUGCUCAAAGACAGUUUUGAUGACGAUGAUGAUGCGAGCACAACAGAUGACGAAUCCGAUAUGGACGAAGACGAGAUGCUGGAUUCUGCAAUUGCGCGCCGACGAAAAUUGAAGGAGGACAUCAAGCAGAUUGACCUGAUCAUGGACAUUUUGUUCCAAUAUUACGCCAAACUUAGCACCUCAACCAACCUGCAAACACGCGACACGGCCCUGGAACAGCUGAUCUCGCACUUCCACACGCACAUCCUCCCGACCUACCGUGCACGACAUCCGCAAUUCCUCAUCUUCCACUUUGCUCAAUCCGACCCUAUCAUCGUCGACCGCUUCGUCACUUCUUGCGUGGCCGUGCUUGUUGACAAAAAGCAGCCACAUCUCCUCCGACACAGUGCCGCAGCUUACUUCUCCGGCUUUGUUGGUCGCGGCGCCCAUGUCUCCCCUCAGGUUGUACAAGACUGUCUGGAACUACUGUGCGACCACUUGACCACCCUCCGUAAGUCGUACGAGCCUGGGUGUCGGGGACCCGAUCUAAAGCGAUACGGCGACUUUUACGCAGCCUUCCAAGCCAUCAUGUACAUCUUCUGCUUCCGAUGGCGCGAUAUCGCCUCGGCUAGCUCUGACGAUGAUUCGGACUUCGAUAUUGACGACGAAGAGGUAGAGACCUACCACUUCCCUGACUCGCUACGAGACGCAGUCCGUGCAGCUAUUUACUCGCCACUCAACCCCUUACGAGUGUGCACGCCGGUCAUCGUCGAGCAGUUUGCUAAGCUCACGACUGCUUUGCAGCUGUUCUACGUCUAUCCGAAGCUCGAAGAGAACAGACAUGUGCGUAUGACGAGCCAUUGGCGUAGUAUAUCAGAUCUGAACAUCAGCAAUCCGGACCGCGACUUGAGCUGGGUUGGUGAUAAUGGAAUGCUAGAGGGCUAUUUCCCUUACGAUCCUUACCAUCUGCCCAUCAGCAAGCAUUGGAUUGAAGGUGACUACGUGGAAUGGAAGGGUAUUCCGGGUGAAGAGGCUGAUGACACGGACUCCGAGUCUGAUGCUGGCAUGGAUGUUGGAGGGAUGGACGAGGAUGAGGAGGACGACGGUAUGGAGUCUGAUGACGAGUGAAUGCAUUCGCAGGGAUCUGGGCCAGGGCAAGCAGCGCAAUAGCUGCGACACUUUUCAUCGUGAGGCCCUAAUCUUCGGAAGGUUUACGACCAUGACGAAAUUUCUUUCAAGCAUUCUUGUUGCGUUCAAGCGAAUUGUUAUCAAAAGUUUGCAUAUAAGAGGCGGAGGACAUCUAGAAUAGAAGAAAGAGGUGCCGGAUGACUGCAUGCAUGUACGACUAUUCUAGCAUGGACGCUUUAAUGGCAAUGAAGAUACGCACUAUAUUUAU